AUGUUGAAUGAUGAUUGUACAAGCCAAAAUACUGGUAGUAGUAGUAGUAGUAGUGAUAGCACCAACCAUUACCGUUCCACGAGUGGAUUAUCCCUAGAAACGAGCACGUCUGCUCUGGUAGGUACCUCACCCAAAAGCUUGUGCUCUUCCAUCAUGAAAGUCAUGGAAGGAAAUGCUGAAUUGUUGAAUGAUGGAGAUUUCAAAAAGGGCGUGAGUGGCACCACUCAGCCAGUGGUACCCAUUGGUGUUUCAACCAUACAAGACGACAGGGUCGCAAGUUCAGAAAGUUCUCGAGCGAGUGGUUCUGGCAUUCCGACUUUUAGCUCACCCUUCUUUCCUCGUGCACCAUCCGGAUCAGGUAACAGUGCCACUCAUGAUAAAGCAGCUGCUUCAUCGGGAGUGGCCUUUCUUGCGCCUCCCUUUGCCAGUACUAGUGGUAACAAUCAUUUGGGAAUUAAGGCCACCAAUAGUGAUCCAACUUCUUCCUCAAACAUACCUAUUCAACCACUAGGCCAUCAUCAUUCAACCCAACCAGCCCAGGGCAAUAAUAACCACAUGUCUUCUUUGCACGGUACACCAUCGCAAGUUGUUCCAACAGAGGUUUUAAAACCUAGUCCCGUUCGAACGACAGCCUCUUCCAUUUUGGCUCCAAAGAUUGGUCAUGCUUUGGAGACUUCCUCGCAUUCAACUUCUAGUAAUGGUUCUUCAAGCUCGUCAGCCUCAGCACUUGCAGGAACUGCUAGCAUCAACAACAACAACCGAAUAUUUCCACCACCACCACCACCGCUAGGAUUUGGAACAACAAGUGCGAUGAACUCCAAUAGUUUGCAACCAAGUGUUUCAGGUUUCCCAAUGCUUCCAGCUUCAUUAACUACGCCUUUUCCUCCUUCAUCCAUGUCAUCAUCACUCCAAACUCAAACCUCCAUGAUGUUCAAUGUACAACAACCAUUUCCUGUCCAGAAUUCCUUAAUUAAAUCGUCGUCAUCAGUUGAAACCACUUCUCAGAGUAAAGGUAAUUCACUCAAAAUUGACACCACAAGAAAUAGCAAAAAGAUCCAAGAACAAUACGAAUCUGAGAAAGAUUGUAGUGAUGAUGAUGAUGAUGGUGAUUCAAGCCAUGAUGACGAUGGUGGGGACUAUAGUGAUCAGGAAAGCGCAUCCUCUCGUUCGUCAAGACAAAAACAUCACUCAGGAGGUCACAACAGUCAAGAGGAUGAAGAACCCACACGAAAAAAGAAGGAAGACCCAACAGCACAAAAAAUUCAACCAGGUAGCCGCCUUAAUAGCCCUCAUCAGUCACAAAAAACUUUUGUUGGUGGUAGUAAUAGCAACAUGUUGGGAAUAUCGCCAUUUCCACCCUCUAACGCUACAAAUAAGACCUUUCUUGGUACCACACCAAAGAAAGCAGCUGGUGGAAGUGUUACUGGAUCAGCAACAACGAUGACGACCACAACAAGUACAACACCACCGCCACUCUCUCAUCACUCAAGUGCACUGAACCUUGCAGUGGCAACACAGUUGCAACCAAUUACAACCAAGAGCACUGAAGCUCCUUCCAAGAAAAAGCGUAAGGUACAAGUCAACAACAACACCACAAAUGCACAACAGCCCAAUUUAGUAGCCAGCUCCAAAACAUCAUAUCCCACAGCAGAUCCCCUCAAUUCCUCAAGCAACAACACCAUUAGUGGAAGCAACAUUCCAUUUCCAAUAGCACAUUCUCCAAUGAAUUCCUUCCUUCCAUUUCCUCCUCCAAGAAACGCCGUUGACACAACACCCACUCUCACCAACAGCAAUAACAUAUCAUCUCCCUCUACCCCAUCAUCAACGAUGAAUCAGGUUCCCACACAUCACCCAAACAGUAGUAGUAUGUUCGUCACACAUGCCACAGCAACAACAGCAAGUCUUUCACUGGCGCCUUCUCUUGCGCCUUCCACUAGCAUUGUGCAUUCUGCUCAAAGCAACAAUAAUUCAUAUACUUUUUCUACAUCAAACGCUUCUACGAAUAACACUCCAAAUUCCAUUGCCAUUCCUCCUCCUCCAUCGCUACCACCUCCUCCCUUCACAAUAACAGCAUCCUCUCCCAUCAUGAUAACAUCAUCUCCAGACCAAAAAAGCCACAAUCGAACCUUAGUUGACUCACCAACGAUUAUAGGGCCUGAGAAGAAAGCUAAAGCCUCUCCUCUAGGGUCUACGCAAAUAUCCUUCAAACUUUGGCUCAAAACAUUGGACACUCUUUCGAUAUCCAAAUUAAAACUUGUUCAGGAAAAAGUCAAUCGAUUACUCAAGGAAAAGGAGAAUAAUGAGCCACUUGCUUCUACUAGUGUUGCUGUGGAUCUUAAACAAGAAGAGGUUCCUGAAAUUUCCAAAGACCAUGACACACCUCAAGAAUACACACCAAACUCUCAAGAUAGCCUCAUUACAGCCACAGAAGGAGUUUUUGAAGAAAAUGAAGCAGCGGCGCUUCUCUCUCGUGGAGGGAUGUCAUCAAUUGACACUCUACUUAGCGUAGCCCUUUCUGACUAUACAUCACAAAAAGAAGACAACUCUUCGUCCAGAAGCACAAAGAAAUUUUCGAUUGUGUCGCCACCUUCUCCUUUUCUUCCUCCGUUCCCUUCUUCAAAGAGUAGUACUAUGAAGAUGGUCACCAAAUCCCUUACGUCUGAUGACGAUUCAGAUGCUGGCUUUUCUGUUGAGUCUGAAACUCUUCAAAUUGAGGGAAGGCAAGUUGAGCCAUUCGUGAGGGAAUAUAAGGGCCACGGAUUCCUCUAUCCAGGACGACGAGGACUUAAAUCACAGCAAGUGAAAGCUCCUCUAUGCACUUUCCCUGGUAUGAGAAACACUAUUUUAGAUACUGACAAGGGAGGUGAUUCUCCGACCUUUGUUGAAGGCGAAGAUAUUGUCAAUCCGGUGAUAGAUUUAGAACAUCACUUGGAAUUCUACAUUCCAGACAAGGAUAUGACUCUUUACAACAAUGUGAGAGCUUAUGGGUUAUCACUUCUCAAGAGAGUCGACAGAAAUUGUUAUAUUGAAGAGAGCAAAAUUCUCUUGGCUCGAAAGCCUACCAUUCAAUCCAAAUCUUCAAGCUAUUCUUUUGAAAAUGAGUACUCGCUUUCUAUUGUAGCUCAUGAAGAAAAAGAAUACCCUUCCGCAGAUUAUUCUAUUCUACUCAUAGAGACUAGAGGCAAAAAGAGAAACGUCAACGUCUCUGAGGAGGACAAAAUUUCCAGAUAUUGCGAAAUAUCACACGACUACAUCAAUAAGCAGACGAAAUUCAGAAUUGGUUUCAGAAUAUGUAAGGCUCAAAAAAAGAAGCACACAAAGGGCAUUUACUUGCUUCGAUUAGUGGCAUUUUUACGUGAUCCUGCUGUUGGUGACGCCUCUUCUCCAACAUCAUCACCAUCCUUAUUCGAAUCAGCCUCACCCGAUUUUGGAAUUAAAAAGGUUUUAGAGGAGAGUGACAUGUUCAAAAUUGUAUCGAGAAGGUCUGUCGUUGAGAGAACAAGAAUGAACAAGAGAAAAAAGAGUAGCAAUGACGAAGAAGACGAAUCACCAAGUUCCAAUCAAUAG